UCGUUGCCGUGGUUGUCGUCGCCGACAAAGUCGCAUUGCGCGCGCCGCCGAGCCUCUGCGCAGUGCUUCCAGGGCCUCCUCUCAGGGGCAGUCUGAACUUCUCCAUCUCCCACACGACGCGGGAGCCCCGGCAAGGCGAGACCGACGGCGUGGAGUACCACUUCGUGAAGCGCGAGGACAUGGAGCGGAUGAUCAAGGACGGGGAGUUUCUGGAGCACGCCAACGUGCACGGGAACCUGUACGGGACCUCCAUGGCGGCCAUCGACGCCGCCCGGGCGGACGGAAGGAUUUGCGUCCUCGACGUGGACCUGGCGGGGGUGAAGAGCAUGCGCGAGCAGCUGUCGGCGGGUGGCAGGCUUGCGGACUGCAAGGCGCGCUUCGUGCUGAUCCGCCCCGAGGGCGGGGUCUCCGACCUCGAGUCGCGUCUCCGCGCCCGCGGCACCGAGAGCGAGGAGUCGGUGCAGCGCCGCCUCGACACCGCGCGCCGCGAGCUCGUUGGGUACAGCCAGUGCGAGUGGGACCAGGAGGUGGUGAACGUGCAGGGGGACCUCGAGCCAGGGGCCGCGGUGCUGCGGACGGCGAUCAGG